AUCGACUUGACUCUGCUUCAAUUCCAGCAUUGUUUCUUUGAUACGUGCACCGUCAUGCUCCGGCGGGCCUGCAGAAUACGGCCUCUCCGGUCAGUACCGCUCUCACAAUCGAUCCGCUUCUCAUCCUCUCUCUCUCCGCCGCUGAUCUCUAUCAAGAACGCGACCUUUUACAAGAAUGCUCCCACGCCCCAAGACAAAGCCCAACGCACAAACGCGCCCAUAUUCCGAGGCGUCGAUUUUACCCUGCCGACCGAGCCUUUGGAGGAGGACAAUUUUGAAGCUCAGACUUGGGCCAUAGUCGGGCGCUCUGACAAGACCCAGUUCCUCGAGAUCCUUGGCGGCAAAUACAUACCUGAUCCCCCCAACGGGCGGAGUUACCCGUACCUUCUCAGCGAUGAGAUCGCCCGGCGCAACCCCCGAGCGCGAUUCCCACAGAAUGCGAUCAGAUACCUUGGGUUUAGCGGGGAAGGCUCCGGAGCCAAUGGGGGCACGCGGGGCGCCUAUCUGAGUGCUCGGUAUGAGAGCCUGCGGGAGGAGACGGACUGGACAGUGCGCCAGUUUCUCCGCGGCCAGACCUCGUUGAACCCGCUCCCGGAGGAGCGUGGUGGUACCGUCGAUGACGAGGAGCUGCUCGCCCGGGUCAUCGACGAUCUGCGGCUGGAUGAGCUUCUGGACAUGCCGGUGGCCAACUUGAGCAACGGUCAAAUGCGACGAGCCCGGGUCGCCAAAGCCCUGCUUCACAAGCCGGAAGUGCUACUUCUUGACGAUCCUUUCAUGGGCCUUGAUCCUGAAUCCACCACAAGAAUGUCGGAACUCCUCCGCCGCCUCGCCCGCAAGGCAGAACCGCGGUUGAUUCUCGCCUUCCGCCCACAAGACCCGUUGCCAGACUGGAUCAGUCAUCUUGUCAUACUCGGCGACGGCCACGCCGCGAUAUACGCGGGGCGUCGCACACUUGCACAGCAAUUGACUACUGUAUGGUCAUACUUUGCUCAGUCCCGCCGCUUCGGCACGCAUCUCAUUCAUGCCCUUCCACCGUAUGAGAAGGAUGUCAUGGACAGCUACAAGAAGCUGAACAAAAACACCGAAGGAGGCUACCAUAGGGGUUUAGUGAAAUCGUCAUUGAGCGUGACCCGAGAAUACAUGCAGGAGUUUUUGAGGGGCUUUGCGCCAUCUUCUCUGUCCGAAGGCUCCGCGCCACCCAAGCUCCAUCCGCCCCGGGGCGGCGAGCCCUUGAUCGAAAUGGAAGGGGUUCGCGUGCAGUAUGGAGACAAGGCGGUCCUAGGCAAAUGGUCGCAGUCUGUUGACGGCGAGUCGAAAGAGGGUCUCCACUGGACGGUGCGUCGCGGCCAGCGCUGGGCCAUCCUCGGCGCCAACGGAUCCGGCAAAACGACGCUGCUCUCGCUCAUCACCUCCGACCAUCCUCAGACUUAUGCGCUUCCCGUCCGUCUUUUCGGCCGCUCACGUCUCCCUGAAGAGGGCAAACCGGGCAUCUCCAUCUUUGAGGUUCAGCGGCGCAUCGGUCACUCCUCGCCCGAAGUCCACGCUUUCUUUCCCCGUCAGCUAACCCUGCGUGAAGCCAUCGAAUCCGGCUUUGCUGAGACCUUUCUGUCGCGGCCGAAGAUGAACUUUGAGCGCGAUCUGGACGUGGAAGCCGUCCUGGAGCAUUUCAAGCCUGAACUCGGCGCUGCCCUCGCGCUCCCACGCAAUACCCCAGGUCGCAGAAAAGGGGUCAUUACGGCAAACACCGGCAAGAUGUUCCCGUUACACAAAAUUCACCACUUCAGAAAGGACUUUCAUCCCCCUGGCGUUGAGAUGGAAUGGGCCGACACGGCCACAUUUGGGCAGUUAACUGUCGACAUUCAGAGGCUUGUUCUUUUCCUGCGCGCUCUGAUUCAUCGACCUGAUAUCGUCAUUCUCGAUGAGCCAUUCUCCGGAAUGUCCAUCGGUCUACGCGACAAGUGCAUUGACUUCCUUGAAAAUGGGCUUGGCCCGGAGUCUCGCUUCGGCGGUCUCUCCGAUGAGCAGGCCCUCAUCAUGGUCAGCCAUCUCCGUGAGGAGAUCCCAGACAGCAUGCGCUACUACAUGCGUCUGCCGUCGGGAGAACAGGAAGGCACCUUCCGCUUCGGCCCGCUCCAGUCGCAGAGCUCCUUGCGUAAUCCCAAGGUUUGGAACAUGCUGUGGGCGCCGCCGGAGACCUUCAACAAGAGGUCCACCCCAGCUGAUCCGACGGAGGUCCCGGAAGGGGAGGCGGUACGGGAGGACUACAACCGGUACGAUUGGCGAUCCGUCUAGAAGCUCGAAGAGUUUGAAUUUUGUAUAAAACCACAUAAAAC